GAAGCCAUUAUCUACGUCCGGUUGGCUAUGACCAGCAAACCACAGCCGGUAAUUCAGCACUCUGUUCGUAGGUUUCGGGAGACAUGGAGGGUGUUCUCCUGUUCGCUUUACUUCCCCUUCUAACCAACGCCUUUAACGCUGGGAGAUACCAAGUAUGCCGAGAAGGUUGGACAACGGUGAAUAAUGAGUGCUACAGAUUUGUGGAAGAAGAAGUUAACAGACAAACCGCAUCUGACCGAUGUAGAGACCGCUAUGGUGCUACCCUGGCAGUGAUUAUGAACAAGGAACAGAAUAAAGCCGUCCAAGAUCUUAUCGAUGGUCACAGGAACGCGUGGAUCGGUUUACAUCAGGAAGAUGAAUACUUUCGUUGGGACGACGAACACAGAAAUUCCGGAUAUACCAACUGGAAGCCUCUACCCUACAACCAUUAUGGUAAACGAUGCACAAGGAUACUUGAUGCUGGGUUUUGGCAAGUUGACAGGUGCCGAGAAGAAAGCCCUUAUGUAUGUUCGAAAAUAGCUGAUUGCGAACUUGGAUGGACUGGUUAUUAUUGUGAUCGGGAAUGUCACUGUUAUCCGGGCUAUGCGUGCAAUGGAAGCGAAGCUUGUCCAUAUGGCUGCGAGCCGGGGUAUACUGGAAAGAUGUGUGACGAUUAUCUAGACAAAACUACAGUGUCAUUCUACUGUAUGAAACAACGGGGAGGAGGCUACUCUCUGAUGGUGUCCUUUGACUGGCCAGCUCGCCACUUUCGGAGAAUCGGCGCUGUGGACGACGAGGGCGAGAUCAGUCCCCACUGUACCAACGACAGAUUCGACAUGAGCGAUCGUUGGCAAAUGCAUUUGCAUGUUCAAAUUAAAAAUGUGUCCGGAGUUUGGGAACCAGAUUGCCCUGCGGAAACAGUUGGUAAGGGAAUCCUGCAAUGGACGUUCAGGCUUCAGAAGAAAGAAGGCAUAGUGUCGUUUGAAGAUGAGGAACUUCAAGUCCAGUGUGAUCUGUCUGAAGCUGAUAUAUUAUAUGAUGACUCGGAGAGCGUCGAGGUGGAGGAGAAUCGAGUGAGACCCUUAACGGUUGCCACACAGACAAGAGUCAAUGUACGGACAUACCUUGCAUACCCCGACACUCUGGAACCUGUCAAAAACCUUACCAUUGGUGUUCCUGUCAGACUGAUGGCGAGGCUUCCUGAAGGGGAUGAUGUAGUCAAUCCGUUGUUUUACCCUUGGAGCUGUCAAGCUGCAUCUCCAGAUGGAAAGGUUACUGUACAACUGACCGACGACUCCGGUUGUUCUCUGAAUAAAGACGUCGGCUUUGGAAGAAUGGACAAGGGCUCUGGUGUGAUUCAGUCGGAGAUAUUUCCCAUAUUUCAGCUGCGGGGUUACAGUGACGUGGUGUUCAGUUGUGCCUUUGUACCUUCCCUCACACCCGGAUAUAGGAAUCCUGUCUGUGUUCCUACAUAGUGGAUGACAGGUCAACGGCAAG